GGGCGGAGCCACUGCCCCUUGAACCCGGCGGAGUCGGAGCCAGCAGAUUCCCCCGGACCCGGCACGGCAGACGGGAUGUGGCUCGUGCUGCUGCUGCCGGCCGCGCUGCUGCUGCUGGUUCUUCGCAAAGUUUACCUGGGGCUGUUCGCUAGCAGCUCCCCGAACCCCUUCUCGGAGGACGUCAAGCGGCCUCCCGCGCCCCUGGUGACCGACAAAGAGGCCAGGAAAAAGGUUCUCAGACAAGUUUUCUCAGCUACCCUAGUCCCCGAGCAGUUGGAUGCGGUGGUGAUUGGCAGUGGCAUUGGGGGUCUGGCAGCAGCUGCAAUUCUGGCUAAAGCCGGCAAGCGAGUUCUGGUGCUGGAGCAACAUGCCAAGGCCGGGGGCUGUUGUCACACCUUUGGGAAGAACGGCCUUGAAUUUGAUACAGGAAUCCAUUACGUCGGGCGCAUGCAAGAGGGCAGCAGUGACCGAUUUAUCUUGGACCAGAUCACGGAGGGACAGCUCGACUGGGCUGCCCUGUCCUCUCCUUUUGACAUCAUGGUGCUGGAAGGGCCCGAUGGCCGUAAGCAGUUCCCCAUGUGUAGUGGGGAGGAGCCAUACAUUCAGGGCCUGAAGGAGAAGUUUCCAGGGGAGGAAGCUGCCAUUGACAAGUAUAUGAAGUUGGUUAAGGUGGUUUCCCGUGGAGCCGUCCAUGCCGUUCUGCUCAAGUUCCUGCCCUUGCCCUUGGCUCAGCUGCUCAGCAAGUGUGGGCCGCUCAUGCGUCUGUCUCCGUUCCUGCGGGCGUCCACGCAGAGCCUGGCUGAGGUCCUGCGGCAGCUGGGGGCCUCCCCUCAGCUGCAGGCCGUGCUCAGCUACAUCUUCCCCACUUACGGCGUGACCCCCAGCCACGCCGCCUUCGCCAUGCAUGCUGUUCUGGUUAACCACUACAUCAAAGGAAGCUUUUAUCCACGAGGUGGUUCCAGUGAAAUCGCCUUCCACAUCAUUCCGGUGAUUCAACGGGCAGGGGGCGCCGUGCUGACGAAGGCCUCUGUGCACCGGGUGCUGCUGGACUCUGCCGGGAGGGCUUGCGGCGUCAGUGUGAGGAAGGGGUCGGAGCUGGUUAACAUCUAUUGCCCCAUCGUGAUCUCCAGUGCAGGACUGUUCAAUACGUAUGAGCACUUACUGCCUGAGACCGCCCGCUGCUUGCCAGGAGUGAAGCAGCAGCUGGGGUUGGUGCGGCCCGGCCUGGCCAUGUUCUCCAUCUUCAUCUGCCUCCGUGGCACCAAGGAGGAACUGGGGCUGCAGUCCACCAACUACUACGUUUACUUCGACACCGACAUGGACAAGGCGAUGGAGCGCUACAUCUCCAUGCCCAAGGACAAGGCAGCAGAACACAUCCCCCUGCUCUUCAUUGCUUUCCCAUCAGCCAAGGACCCAACUUGGGAGGAUCGGUUCCCAGGCCGGUCCACGAUGAAUAUACUGGUGCCCACUGCCUUCGAGUGGUUUGAAGAAUGGCAGGAGGAGCCCAAGGGAAAGCGGGGCAAUGACUACGAGACGUUCAAGGGCACCUUUGUGGAAGCCUGCAUGGCGGUGGUCAUGAGACUGUUCCCACACCUGGAGGGAAAGGUGGACAGCGUGACUGGAGGAUCCCCGCUGACCAGUCAGUUCUACCUGGCUGCUCCCCGGGGUGCCUGCUACGGGGCUGACCAUGACCUGGGCCGCCUGCAUCCUCAAGUGAUGGCCUCCUUGAGGGCCCAGACCCCCAUCCCUAACCUCUACCUGACAGGCCAGGAUAUCUUCACCUGUGGGCUGAUGGGGGCCCUCCAUGGGGCCCUGCUGUGCAGUAGCACUAUCCUGAAGCGGAACUUAUAUGCAGACCUCACGGCCCUUGGCUCCAGGAUCCAAGCAAAGAAGAAGACUUAGCGUGUUCAGUGAUGAGUCUGAGGGAUGUGGCUGCUGGCUGAGGCAGGCACUCUGGCCCACGAUGUCUCCAUUUUAGCUCCUUGCACAUGUAAAGCAUUUUACUUUUUGAUUCUGAAGAAGGCCACCGUAACUCCCAGCUUCUUUUUUUUUUUAACAUUUAUUCUUUUUUUUUUUUUAUUAGAAAAGUAGAUCAGAUUUAUGGAAAGGAAAGAGAAAGAUCCUCCAUCUACUGGUUCACUCCCCAAGUGGUUGCAACUGCUGAAGCUGAGCCAACUCAGAGCUAGGAGCCAGGAGCUUCUUCCGGGUCUCCCAUUCGGGUGGCAAGGCCCCAAGGCUUUGAGCCGUCCUCCAUUGCUUCCCCAGGCCACAAGCAGGGAACUGCAUGGGAAGAGAAACAGCUGGGACACAAACUAGCAUCCACAUGUGAUCCUGGCACUUGCAAGGUGAGGAUUUUAGCCACUCAGCCAUCGUGCUGGGCCCACAUGAUGACCUCUUAACACUUUUCAGUAUAAACAAACUGUCCUGCUAAAGCAGGGCCCUUCUGCAUCACUGCCCAGCAUGCACAAUCCCAGUGAAUAUUGUUUGGGUCAGAUGGGUAGAGUCCCUGACAAUGGAGGUCAGCUGAAGUCAGUUGGCCACCUUCCCCUCAUCUACAAUCAGCGCUGUCCCACAGUCCAGGGAGAAGGGUAUCCAGGGUAUAGACUUGGGCGUAGCUUUGACUGUAGUUCCAUAAGUUCAGAGUGUCCCAGAUCCUAUCUUCUUGGUCCCAGUAGCGCUUUUAUGAGGAUGCGAUGAGUCAGUGUAGUGACAUAGAGGUUUAAGCCACUGCCAGCAACAGCAGCAUCCCAUACAGGCACCUGUUUAGAUCCUAGUUGCUCUAUUUUCUGAUCCAGCUCCCUGCUAGUGCCUGGGAAAGCAGUGGAAGAUGGCCCAAGUGCUUGGGUUCCUGUACCAUGCUGGAGACCAGAUGGAGUUCCUGGCUGCUGGCUUUGGCCUGGUACAGCCAGGCCAUUUCAGCCAUUUGGGGACUGAAACAGUGGCUAGAAGAUGUAUCUUUCUAACUUUCACAUAAAUCUUAAAAAAAAAAAAGAGGAUAGGGCAUGUCUGUGAAAGGCCUCAUGUGGUCCUGGAGACAGGGUUGUGGGCAACACUGAGACCAUAAUCUGCAGUUUGGAUAGAGUCAAGCACUAACUUCCUUUUCAUUUGGUAACUGUGGCAGCUAGUUCUCAACGUGCCAGCGCCAAGGCAACCUCAGGAAGCCCACACCAGAGCCUCAAGCUUCUCAAGCAAACAGGGAAAGGCUGGCAGUCAGCAUCGGGGCAGAAGCAGCAUUCCCAGCCAAGGGCACAGCACAGGGCACUGAGGCCUCAGGAAUGCACCGUGACAAGGGCCCAGGUCCCUCCUGCAUGGCAGGCUCCCCAGCAGGCAAGCGCACGGGUGCGGAGGGGAGGAAGUCAGUCAGAACCAGAACACGGGAGGCCAUGGAAAGUGUGCACAGGCCAGGAACAGCCAUAAUACAAGGUGGAGAAUUCCUUCCCUGAAAUGCUUGGGAGCAAAAGCACUGGAAUGGGGAAUAUUUUCAUAUUCCAAAUGAGAUCUAAUGUGAUAUCCUGGGGACAGGGCCCAAGUCUAAACAGAAAAUUUCUUUAUAUUCCAGUCACACUUUAUAUACACAGUCUAAGUAGUUGUAUAUAAUAUA